GGUCGCCACCUAGCGGCCAGAGCAAGGACUCCGCAGCCCGCGGCCCUCCGCUGACCCUAGGGUCGCUGGGGUCAUGGGCACCUCCGAGGUGGCACCGCCAACGUUCGCGCGCGUCGCCCCCGCGCUCUUCAUCGGGAAUGCGCGGGCCGCGAGUGCCACGGAGCUGCUGGUGCGCGCGGGCAUCACUCUGUGCGUCAACGUCUCCCGCCAGCAGCCCGGGCCGCGCGCACCGGGAGUGGCCGAGCUGCGCGUACCGGUGUUCGACGACCCGGCCGAAGACCUGCUGGCGCACCUGGAGCCCACCUGCGCCGCCAUGGAGGCCGCGGUGCGCGACGGCGGUUCCUGCCUCGUGUACUGCAAGAACGGCCGCAGCCGCUCGGCCGCCGUCUGCACCGCCUAUCUCAUGCGGCACCGCGGCCACAGCCUGGAGCGCGCAUUCCAGAUGGUGAAGAGCGCUCGCCCGGUAGCCGAGCCCAAUCUGGGUUUCUGGGCUCAGCUGCAGAAGUAUGAACAGACCCUCCAAGCCCAGGCCCUCCUGCCCCGGGACCCCGCCGAUCCCGAGUAAGCUGCAUCGUUCAGCUGCUGGGUGGCCAAGCGUGUGCACUAAAAGAAGGUGUUCCUUCCCUCCGCUUUUCAACAGGCAACUGGCCUCGGGUGUUGCCCCCUCUUGAUGGCAGUACAGGAGUGUCUACUGAGGAGGAGGACUUCGUUUAUUCAUCAGGCUUUGGUCAAAUCCAAACCAGCGAAGUUUUAGGUAGAGAAAAUGCUUAAAGGAUUUAUAAGAGCCUGGGGAGCCCAUGACAGUUGAUAGGAAGUGACAGACCAGAGUCCUGGCUAGCUGCCUCCUCC